GCUCGUAUUCCGAAGCAAGGACGCCUCGAUUGCAAAGCUGGAGAGCUCCGUCGACGUCGCGCUCUUUAGUCAACGUAUACGGCCGAUAGGCGGAGCCGCAACGUUUUCGGUAUAGUCGACGAAGUCAGUGUGUGUUGUGUGGAGCGAAAAUAACAAAGUGAAAUGCGCUCGCACAUAUUACGACAGUGUUCGGUGUGCGUCGUCGACGAUAUUUAUUAAAUUCACAAGAAGUACAUACGCACUAAAACAUCGCCCGAUCGGUGGUGCGAAAACACGCAGUAUACGGACGGACGACAGUGACGCGACACGCGCGGAAGUGUUUUUUGAUUUGCGAUUUUCAGCUAAAUUGAAAAUCAUUCGGCCCGCAUCCGAAUCGAUUUCGACUCGCACUGCUGCACGACGCACAGAGAAGUGAAAACACGCAUCGCUACAGCACAGUGCGCGCGGUGUGCUCUCGAGGGAAGUGUUUCAGGCGUUUCGGAAGAAAUAAAUUUCAGAGUGUGUUGCGUUAGGCCCCAGCCCCGCUUGGAUGCAGGAGUUGGAUGUGGUGUUGUAUGAAAUCUUUCAACGGAGGUGUGUGCGCGGCUGCUGAAAUUGUGCACAUUCGCGUGACACGGGUGCCGACCACACGAAUCCGAGGAGGUGCGCGAUAACGCGACACGUUCGCGACGCGCCGUGCUUCUCGUCCCGUGGCGUGUUUGCGCGGCACGCAGCGGCAUCGGGCGCAAAUGUUGUACGCGAGUGCCGUGGGGUGCGAGCCGAUACAUUGAGAUCGGCGAAAAAGGCGUGUGGGCGAUGUAUUAAUUCGCGAGAUUGAUGCGCGUUUGUGCAGCGAGGGGCAGCGACGAGGGCAGCGCGCUAGGACGGCCGACCGGCAUCGACACCAUGAAGUUGAAGCGGCUGUGUGUUUAGUGUUUGUCGUGUCGCCUGGCAAAAAACAAAAUAUAUCAAAUGAGGUGUCAAGGGCACAAUGGUCAGAGAGACUAGGCACCUUUGGGUCGGAAACUUACCCGAUAAUAUUCGAGAGGAUCGCAUACGUGAACAUUUCAAACGGUAUGGACGCGUACAGAGUGUUAAGCUGUUGCCGAGGAGCGGCGGUAAAGAGGAAACGAGCAAGAUGGCGUGCACGGUGGCGUUCAUGGACAUCAAAAGCGCGUCCAAGGCACACACCGCCGACCACAAACUGGACGAUAGAACUCUGACAACGGAGUACUACGAACCCGCCGCCAUUCCGUCCUCGUCGUCGCCGCCGAAUGCGGCCGCCGGAUAUUCGACGACGUCGCCAUCCAGCACACGCUUUCCAAACGGACACAGUUCGUCCGAUGAGCAUGGCAACUUCACCGAGUGUUUCUACGAUCGAACGAACAAUUCCCGGCAGCAGGGAGGUGACGGCGAGUAUAUUCGACGCCCGCCAAGCUACCACGACAACGGACGCGGGAGAAACCGCGACCGCGGUUUUCGUAACGGCCCCCCGUACAAACUGGACACCAUCAUCGACCGCCAUCGCCCCGCCAACAACAGCUGGUCGACGUAUGAAAGCAACAACACUAGAUACAAUAAUCAGGCGAACGAUACAGGGUAUAGCACAACGCCGACGGACACCAGUAGUAACAACGACCGGCGCUCGGAGCAGAGUACAAAAAAGAAGACCAAGUCUGGGUCGGGCAGCCGCACGCCGUCACCCUCUGGCAGCGCCUCAUCGCGUUCACCUUCUCGUUCGCGAUCGCGCUCCUCCAGCAGCUCAUCGUCCAGCUCAGUGUCUCGUGGCACCAGCUCGACGGGGUCGCCAAAGUCACGCCGGCUGCCAUCCAGUGCGCCCAAUCAGUCCAUCGUCCAUUCCGAAGACCGUCGCCCGCUAGCAAUCUGCGUGCGAAAUCUGCCGCUGCGUUCCUCCGAUACAUCGUUGAAGGAUGGCCUCUUCCAUGAAUACAAGAAGCAUGGCAAGGUGACGUGGGUAAAAGUGGUGGGCCAGAAUUCUGAGCGACAUGCAAUCGUCUGCUUCAAGAAGCCGGAGGACGUCGACAAGGCCAUUGAGGUCAGCUACGACAAGCUCUUCUUUGGUCACAAGAUCGAGGUAGCACCUUACCAGGGCUAUGAUGUUGAGGACAACGACCUUCGGCCCUAUGAGGCUGAAAUAGACGAGUACCACCCGAAGGCGACGCGCACACUCUUUAUCGGCAAUCUGGAGAAGGACGUUACACCUUCCGACCUGCGAAAGCACUUCGAUACAUUUGGAGAGAUCAUCGAGAUCGACAUCAAGAAACAGGGUUCGGCCAGUUCGUACGCGUUCUGCCAGUACAGUGACAUUGUGAGUGUUGUUAAAGCUAUACGGACCAUGGACGGCGAGCACUUGAACAAUAACCGCAUUAAACUCGGCUUCGGCAAGUCCAUGCCGACGGCAUGCGUGUGGGUGGAUGGUGUUAGUGAUAGUGUCAACGAAAAGUACCUGAAUAUGCAAUUCGAUCCAUUCGGCAACGUCGGACCUACCUUUAUCGACCGCGAGAAGGGACAAGCGCUCAUCUUCUUCGACCAGGUUAUGAACGCGCAGGCUGCUGUCAACAAGACUCGCGGCGUCAGUUUGCGCGGGCGCCGUAUUCAGGUCGAUUUUGCUAGUCGGGAGUGUCAGGAGGCCUUCUUCGAGCGGCUCGAGAAACAGGGUCUGGUGUUCGAGAAGCCCGUAGACGAUCGACGGGAUGUCAUUCGAGGUUUUGACAACAUCGGUUCCGGACGGUUUUCAAGUAGAUAUGAGACACCAACUCGACCAAGGACGGCAUCUUAUAGCGGACGAUCAGGUGGUGGGCCUGGUGCUGGCUCUUGUCAGACCGGCGCAAUACCAUCACCCGGUACGCCUGGUUCGGCAACGCCACGUGGUACAGGCUCUCGCAGCAGGGUACCACGUUACGAGUACUAUGAACAACAGAACAAUAGCGAAUAUAACGAGCGACACUUUCGUAACUACGACGAAUAUAGUCAGGGCAGCGCAGCCUCGCACGAGGAUACUUACGAGCAUGAGUAUCCGUACCACGAGAGCCCGUCGCAUGUGGAUCCAAUCGAUGUGCGUGUUGUCAACGACCCGAGCACAAUGCAACCCUUUGCCCAGCCAGAUAUUCGCAAUUUGCAGAAGGAACGUGUGCAUCUUCUUGAACAGCUGGAGGAUUGCCACAGCUCGGGCGACGAAGUGAUUAGUCCCAAGAAACGACUGAAGCUCGACCAUCUUGAGGCUUCCAAUAGUGAUGUGAUCAUCGAGGCAAACCGCGACCAUCGCAAGGUGACUGAGGUACGACGAACAUCCGAUGCGAGCGUGAAACACCUUUCUCGGCGGCCCAGUGUAGACAGCGGCAAGCACGUGGCGCAUGAACGUGGUACCUAUCUCCCGCAUGCUGUCUGCAAGCGGCGGAAGACUGCGGGUAGUGAUUCGGGCCGAGCGCAUCAUUAUGAAAGUUCUGAAAGUGUUGGAGGCUCGCGUCCUGGUACGCCUCUGUGCGACGAAAGACCGGAGCAUUUCGCACCUACGGAGCCGCGACGUACUCCACGAGAGCGGGAAGGCCCUCUUACCUUGCCACUGCCGCGCUUUGCAUCUCAAAUGAUUGGACGCGCAAGCGUUUCAGUGGCAGGCAUUAAAGGCCAGAAAGAGAAUGUGCUGUCCAGUCCACCGGCCGCAGUAACAAGUCCGCGAAUAUCAAAUCCCAAACCGCCUAGUCCGACGCCAGUACCGCCGCCAGCGUCACCUCCACCGCGGCCGCCAUCGCUUAGCUCAAACAGUAGCGACAGCGACGGUGCCUCAAUAUCGCCGUCCCUUGACGAGCGCAUUAAGUCUUUGGACGAGAAAUACGAAAAGUGGAGCGGGUCUCGUGCAACUAGCACCGCAGGAUUGGAGGCGCUCGCCAAGCUCGACACGACAAGUCAGCGCUUCCGGCUGACGCGUAACCUUCUUGACCUGGACUUGCGCGAGGUGCAGCCCAGUGAGAUUGUCAAAUCGGUAAUGGCGAAACGGUCCGUUUUCGACGAGGAUUCUAAACGUCUCGAGAAUGUGGGCGAGAAGUACGAGCCGAAAGAAUUUAAUUCGGUGUUGCGUGUGCCGCCGGUCUCGGUCCAAACUACAGUACCUGCAACCACAUUAUCUACACUACCUCUUCUCAAGGUGUGCACCACGCCCAUACCCAAGACCCCUACAAUGCUUUCACCUCGAUCUUCUGGUGCUGCCUUAACGCCGGCCAAAGGUUUACAGUAUCCGUUCCCGUCACAUCCGCCAAUGCAGCCAUCGCCGUCGUCGUCCACGCCGACGACUUCGCCGGCUAGCCAGCCGCCGCCUUCCAACACCACGCCGUUGUUGCGGAGCGCCCACGGUGAUAACAGACUGAAAUCGUGUGCGAACGCACCCAACGACGGCGCGUGGACACCUAGUAAAGUGAAUAGAAAUGUAUCGACCGGUAGUGCGGGGGUGGCGUCUAAAGCAUGUGAUGUGAUGGUGUCGUCAGUGACGGUGGCGGCACCAGCCGUAGUGGUCGGCACUACCGCCACAACUACAAACAGCCGAAACAUUCCUGCGUGUAGUGCGACCGCGACCGAAUGCGCGACCACCAGCACGACUUUAAUUAAGACGACAGUGUGCGCACGUGUGGUGUCCUCAACCAGAUCGCGGCGUGAUUCAACUAUCAGUUCGAAUAGUAGUAGUGAAAACAAGUCAAGGAGGAACAGUGUUAAUGAUAAUUGUGAUAGUGCCGACGGGAAUGCCCGAGUGAGUGAACUGGAUUUAGAUUAUGGGUACCUGAAUUCACCGGAACCAGUCGAAAGACUCGAUGAAGUGUAUCGUGGUAUGGAACGUUUCCGGGAAACCGAACGAGAACGGAAGAAGGAACGCGAGCGGGACCAGGAACGUGAGCUAGAGCGCUUGGAACAAGAGAAAGAACGGUUCGAAAAGGAGCGCACCGAAAAAGAGUGGUUGGAGCGUGAAGAAAAGGAACGUGCUGAGCGUUUGGAGCGCGAGCGACAGGAGAAGGAACGCAGUGAGCGUUUAGAGCGCGAGAGGCUGGAGAAAGAACGUACUGAGCGCUUGGAGCGUGAGCGACUGGAGAAGGAACGUUUUGAACGGGAAGAAAAGGAAAGGCGCGAACGUGAGGAGAAGGAGCGGCGGGAAGAAAAUGAGCGCCGUGAGGAAAAAGAACGCCAGGAACGUGAACGCCGUGAGCGGGAAGAAAAGGAACGACGAGAGCGUGAGGAGAAAGAACGACAGGAAAGGGUUGAGCAAGAGGAGAAGGAACGUCGAGAGCAGGAGGACCGUGAGCGGGAACAUCUGGAGCGCGAGCGUCGUGAGCGACGCGAGAAAGAAGAAAAAGAGCGACGUGAACGCGAAGAGCGCGAAAAGAAAGAAGAGCUAGAUAGACUCGAGAAGGAGCGCCGGCGCCUUGACAAGGACGAUGAACGCAAGCACAAAGAGGACAAUCACGACAGCAACAAGAAGAACGAUCAUCGUCAUACCAGUAGAGAUAAUCACAGUGAACCGAAACACAAUCGCGAGAAUAACGUAAGCGCAGCCAGCAAGGAACAGACGGAGCGGAUUGACAAAGGUGACAAAAAAGAUAACCAUAUUUCCAGUCGGAAUGUGCACGACAAGAAUCGCUGUACAGAUCGACGCGAUGACUUGGAACGUCGGAAAGAAAGUGUCAAAGAAAAUCGCGAAAACAACCAGCAUGAGAAAGCGAAGAACCUCUUCAAUGAGAUUCGUGAGACCAAAGACCGACCUGUAGAGGUGCACCAUACUUCCCUUGACGCAACCAAGUUUGACAGUAAAGAUCCAACGCGCCGGAAAGAACGCGUCAAUAGUUUACCUGCUACUCUAGUAGGCACUAAACGUCGCAUUAGCUCGCAUGACUCGCUCGAUAGCCUGGAUGAAACCAAGAAGAUUAAGAUCGAACAUCGUUCCAAAAUUUCUGAGCGGAGGGAUUCCAAGGAAGUAAAUACUAAGAAACACUCGAAGAACUCCAGCACUAGUGCGAAGGUGUAUGACGAAAAAACGCGACACAAUCACGUUAAAGACGCUACCAGUGGCAACAAGGAGAAAGAAAAAGAUAAGGAUAAAGAGAAAGAACGAGAACGGGAAGAGCGGCAUAAGAACAAAGCCAGAUUCAAACUGGAACAGAAGAGCAAGUCGAAGAGUCGCGAUAAAGAAUCUCCUGGUACGCCUAAAUCUCCUACCAAAGAAUUGGACAAAGACAAAGAUUUAUUAGCGCGAUUUGAGCUGGCGGAAGUGGAAAAGCAGAAGCAGCAACAGCGUAAUAAAGAAAUUGGGAAGGACGAGCGUAAGUCGGAAAGUCGUGGCGAUGAAAUCCGCAUCAAAAAGGACUAUAAAUGCAAUCGAGACUCUGAGAGUAGUCGAAGCGGUGAGACGCCUAGCAAGGAUCCUUUCCGUCAGGUGAAAGAAGAGAAGACCAUUCGACGAAUUCGUAAGGUAACUCUUAGUUCUGACAAUUCGGAUUCGGACGAGCCCAAGAAACAUUCCAUUUUUGAUAUUGUCGACGAUGAGCCAGCUUAUAUUUCGAUGUACGACAAAGUGAAGGCACGCAGCUGUAAAAACAUGCAGAAGCAGGAAGAAGAAAAGCGCCAGAAAAUCAAGGCCAAGUUUUCGCAGCUCAAACAGAGUCGCGCAAAGCGAGAGGAAAAGAAACGUUCCACAUCUUGGGACGAAGACUCCGACUCUGAUAUUGAGAAGUACGAAUAUCGCCGAAAGGGUAAGGUACUGCUUGCCUCCACUGACGAUGAUGAUGAUUUCGACAAACCUAUCAAAAAGGAGUUUAGUGACUCUGAUUCAGACCGAAAUCGUCAACCGAAAUCAAUUGCUGAAAGCAGUGAGGAUGACAUCAAGAACCUAAAACAACCUAAGUCACGCAUAACGUCAGAUACCUCUGAUGAUGAUAUGAAACUACCUGGCAAAGUAAAGACCGAAGAUUUUAGCGAUAACGAAGACCAAGGCUUUGCGGAUAGCGAGGAAAAAUACAGCAAAAAGAUCGAUUUUGACGAUCGGUAUUUGAAGAAGGAACGCAAGAAUAAUAAACAUGGUGAUAUGUUGUUUGACUUGGACUCGCCUCCCCUGGAAUCAAAAGAAGUGAAGUUCAACAAUAGCAACCGCAUGUACGAUUCUUCCGAGGGCGAAAGCGUUAAGAUGGAAGUGCGUAAGAAACACAGGAAGAAGCAGAAACGCUCGAAAAAUUCCACAAGCGGAGAAGAGAGUUCGAAAGUGGACGGCGAUUCUCACGACAAACAAGGUGAAAAGCGCAAGCAGCAUAGCAAGAAAGACAAGAAACGCGACAAGACGAAAGAUGAGCGCGUUAAGAAGUCUAAAAAGAACAGAUCCGAUUCGAAAGAGUUCCGACGGGAUGGCAAGAUGGAAAACAUUUUCGGUUCUCUAUCAGACGAUUCAGAUGUACAAAAGGAAGCUGAUGAGAAAAUUAUUUUUGUUACACAAUUCAGUGAGAACAACGACACUCAUGCACAUUUGUUUGCUAGCGACUCGGACAAUCCGCCUACAGUUUCUGAGCCCAAAUCUCCAGAGCGCAGUCAGCUUGACAAGGAACGGUCCAAGGUAGAGGAGAAGGAUCGGUUCAAGGAAGAGCAUCGGAAGCGAAAGGAACGGAAACGUCGCGAUAAAGAAAAGCGUCUCAGAGAAGAGCAGCAACAUCAGCAAUUGGCAAACGAUAACAGCAUAGACUAUUCUGAUUUGGGCAAACAGCUUGAAGACAAUAUCAAGGACGAUUCGGAUCCGCCUGCUGAACUUAAAGUCAAGACAGAGAUCGAAGAAUCACGACCGGAGGCUGAUGAAGUAUUUAGAUAUAUUGACGUCGAUGAGAAGACUGGUGACCGUAAGGAAAACAAGGAAAAGAAAAAGAAGCGUAAAAAGUCCAAAGAUGAAAAACAACGGCACCAUCAUCACCAUCAUCAUGAUAAGAACAAACCAAAGACACCGGAAUUCAAGAAGGAGGUGAUGUUGCUGGAUGUGCCCAUCAAGACUGAAAUUAAAGAGGAGAGCACGCCUACGCCUGUUUCUGGAGUUAUUAGCAUUUUCGAUGCACCUAAUUUCGACCGUUCUAUAUCACCACAGCCUAAAGAACCGCUGAUCAGCCCAAUACCUAAAACACCGACUUCCUCAAAGGACAAGAAACGUGAUAAGUUUAUUGCCGGCUUUGGCGUGGAUAUUGACGAAAAAAUUCACGAGAAUGCAAAUGCCGUUAAGUCUAUCUCAGAGUUGGUUGAGUCGCCAAAGGUUGAGCCAUCGCCUGUGCCUACGUCAGAAGAUGAGAUAAAAUCUGAGGUGCCUGAACAGCCGGUUGAAGAAAAGCCACCGCGCAUUAUUUCACAAGAAGAAACCGAAGACGCAGUUGCGGCACUUCUGGGUGAAAGUUUCGGCAGCGGACAGUUCGAUGAUUACGAUCCUCAGAGUCCUUCUGGACUGGAUUCCACUAAUAACGAAACGCAAGAUGAUGAGGAAAUGCUUCAAGCUGUGCAGAGCUUAAACUCCAGCGAAAUGGAACAGAAACCAGAGACACCGCAGAGCGAAAGCGAACUGCAAAUAGAUACGGACACUGAGGAGCAGGAGGACGUUUCUAUUCGUUACGAUACACCAAAGACGCCUGACAUGUUGGAUUAUUCACAACCACCAAAAACACCGGAUAUUUCGCCAAGUUAUUUCCGAAAAGAGUCUGCGGACAAGAGUAUGCCGAGCAUAGGGUCGCCGCCCUCACUUACACCAAUUAAACCUAUUACGCCGACGACGGAGGUUGUGGCAGCGGAAGUCAAGCGUAAUUUGGAUGUUCUUCAAGAGCCCAAGAAACCUCUUCAUAGUUUACCGAUUAUUGCUACUACAAGUACUUGGACUGACGAUGACAAGCCAGAUAUAAAGUCUAUGCCACCGCUUGCCAUUUCAAUGCAGCAAAAACCGGCACAGCCCUUAUUACCGCCAUCGCAAUCACAGCAACACCUGCAACCAUCUGUUUUGUUGCCUGUGAAAGAAGAAACGCCCAAGCUGCCCAGUCCACCGCCAUUGAAGCCGGUAACUAAAUUGCCAGUUACUACUCACAAUAUGCCGGCUCAGUUACCGUCAUAUCCUGUGUCGAAGGAGAUGAAACCUUCCAACCGCCUUCCGAUAACACCGGUGGUGGUGGCCAAAUCAACACAACCGACUACGCAUGUUUUGCCUCAACCUAAGGUUGCCCAAACGGAAAUGAUCCCGCAGUAUCUGCAUGGACAGUUCCCACCUCGAACUAUAUUGCAAAGGCCACCUCUCAUUAGAUCUAACGUAUAUAUGCCCAAUACUUACGACAAACCACCAACAAUGGGACCUGAGCUACCAAAACUCGCUAGUCUGUCUACGACUAACUUGGCGCCCAGGCAAGGGUGGCCUGUGUCUCAAACAGGUUUACCCAAAUUGGUACCAACUACACCCACUUGCUUGUCAACUACAUUACCACCGAGUAAUCAAGUACCUGCUGUUCCAUCGAUUGUAGUUAGCCAUUCUUCUACAAAGCAGGCUCCGAGCUCGCCUUUCAUGCCAGUCAUUCAAGAAGGGCCGAAAUUAAGCUCACAGGUUCCAACUCAGUCAAGUCAACCAAUUACAACAAGUCAUCAGACAUCUUCUCCAUCUACGAUUAUUCAAAAGACGCCGUCGGAAGAGGAAAUUGAAGAGGAACCUAAAGAUCUUCUCAAAGUGAAAGAAACGCCGCGUACUUCAACACCUAGUCCGGUAAUAGUAGCUCCUGUGAUAGUAAAAGAUGAACUAAAAUUGUCACCGGUGCCUGCUCCAAAUGUGAUAACUCAAGACCAUUCCAAGGCAUUGCCUAUUGAGACGGUCACAGAAGAACUUAACUUGACUUUGAAAAAAUCUGAAGAGCCUGUUUCCGAGCAGAGUAAAGUGGUGAAACCUUUGGUUAAAGAGGAACCAACGGAUGAAGAUCAGCACGAAUCGCCACCAGCAACAGUGCCCACCACUUCUGAAAAUGUCAGUGUUAUUAAGGAGACUGAGAAAUUCGAUGAGGAGAAAAUUAUUGAACCACUAAAAGAAAAGAUCAAAAUUGAGGAGCUUGAAGUUGUCAAUAAACCUGAAAUUGUAAAGGUUGACCAAAACGAAGAUUCGAAGGAGGACGGAGAUUAUUGGCCAGCGGAAAUUAACAUUGACUCUGUCAUUAGAAAGGUAGACGCUUUGUGCUCUGCCGAUUUAUCUGAUCGUGGAAAUAGUCGCAAGAAGGAGUGGUCUGAUGAGAAACCUGAACCCAACACUGAAGAAAAAUUAGUGGAAGACAAAGACGAUGAACUAGAAGAAUUACACGAGUUCCAUGAGACAGAUGUGAGCGUACGUGGUAAACGUGGUGGACGUGCACGUGGUAAGGCGCGUGGCGGAUCAACUCGUGGAGGGGUGCAGACGAGACGUGGUAAGGCUGUACCGUCCUCGCAAGUUACUGGCGCAUCCACGCGGGGCAGAGGCCGAGGUGGACGAACCAAGACCGACAGAAAGGUAACGAAAUCAGAAUCUGAUGAUGUGUACGAAUUUAGAGACGAUAGCGAUGAGAAUAAAGACAGACCAAGAUUGAUUAUGACUAUCAAAGGUGCCGGCCCUAGUGGUCCGGCUGUCAAUCUAAAUGCACCGACUACGCUAGUGAAGGAGCUGGUAGUACCUGCCAAGAAAGCGGCUUCACCAUUGCCAAUGCAAACAACGCCAUCUUCAACACCAACAACGUCUUUGCCGCAGCAAUCACAGCCGAUCACGAUACAAUUGCCACAGCCCGAGGUGCCGUCUCCAUCACCACCACAAGUUGUGCCACAGUCCUCAGUUGUUCAAUCGUCUUUGCAGUCCGUUCAACCCCAGCAACCACUCACACAACAACCAUCAACCAUUAUCCCAGUACAAACACCAGGUACAUGCCCAACUUCAAUGAAGAUUGAAGUGAAGGAAGAGUUUGCUUGUUUAUCAAAUACUCGCAAAUCUCAACGAUUGCGCGAACGCGACGUCUCACGUAAUACUGUAGAUGAUACCAUAGAAGAUGUAAUUAAGAACACCGUGCGGGAACGUGAUGUUCCACGCAAUACUGUGGGCAAUACCAUCGAAGAUGUCGUAAAGAACACCGUUCUUACGCGUGCCGCUGCGGCAGCAGCUGCUGUGAAUGCUCCACGAAGAAGUUUGCGACAGACUGUUGGGACCGUGAAGGCUUCCAAUACAGCCGAGAAUCGUAAAUCACCUAGAGGUGGCAAGAAAGAAAAGAAGGAUCGUCGGCCAAGCGAAACAACUGACGAUUCCUCGGAAGAAUCGCUCAAGACAAUUAAGAAUGAACAGCUUGGUGUCAGCUCUAAAGUGGAUGAAGGUGAGAAGGAAGUAGUGCGAUCAACAAUGUCUCCAGCUACAACUGUUAUUGAACAAUCCAAAUUAGAAGUGCGCGAAAAACCGCACGAAGGACUUAAAGCUGCGAUGUUACGCCGGGUGAAAGGAGAAAUGCAACAACAGGCUCAGCAGCAACACUCAGGCCUGCCCAAUUCACAUGAAUCUAUGACGCUGAUCGAUCCCGUCACCGGGCUGUUGACUCCAAUGCGAGAGUGUGAAGAAGGACGAUACAUUCCUCUUGCCGGUCAGAAGCCCAAGGAUAGUGUGAUUACUACUCAGCAAAAGCAGCAAUCUGCCUUGCAGACCCAACCACCUCAACAGCAGGCAUCAAGCGUUUUGGUUAAACAGAAGCCACAAUCUCUGAAGGCUCGGGUUUUGAAUGCACAACAACAGCAGCUACAACAGCAACAGUUGCAGGUACCCUCUAUUCCCGCGUUGACGGUGCCAGUGCAAGUUCCAAGCGCUCCUGCUUCUGUACCUAUCACGACGACCGUGGCAUACCAAGCAAACAAACCACUCAACUUAAAUGUCACAUUGCCCUAUGACAUUCCUGCACAUACCUCCCCACGUCAAACUGCACCUCACUCUUUGACUAAACCCAUUCAGGGUGUUAAAGUUAUACAACCCCCACUUAGUCCAAGUGUUCACACUAAACAACAACCACAGCAUCAACAUCAACAAAUUAUUCAACAAGUUGUCGCCAGCAAGCAACAACAAGCAAUACAGCAAGCCCAGCAGUUAUUGGCAAAGGGAACUCCAAUCGUGCAACUGAAACAUACGCAAUUGCAACAACAACAACAACAACAACAAUUGUCCAAGUCUCCGAUUCUUAAACAUGUCACACCAACUUCGUCUCAAUCCAUGGUCGCUACCCCACCGGUGAAGCAGCAACAUAUCAUGACUGCUGUCGGCCUGCAACGAGUUGCCACCAAAACGGUGAUGGAACCACCCAAAGUGGAGGUGUCGAUUGCUAGUGGGUGCGUGAUGGUCCCACGUUCCAACGCGUCACCACAAGGACGUCAUGUCAUCCCCGUGCCGGCAUAUGAAGCUUCAAUGCAGCAUGGAGAGACUAGAAGACGCAGUCCACCACCAGCUCAUCAGAAUUCACCAUCACCUCAGGGGGAGGGCAUUGCGCAUUAUACGCCAAGUGUGCGACUACCACAUGACAUUCACUCGCACUACAUCCACCCAUCAUUGUAUCAACAGUAUAUGCGUCAACAGCCAUAUCAUUUGCAAAGAAGUCUCGGAAUUGAAAAAUCUGCUGACGGGCAGGAGGGUGAGGAAGCUCCUGUUACUUCACCGCCACUGGAGAUGCGUAGGCCCGGAUCAGUGGGCAUAGCUCUUACAGGUCGAUCCAAUGUCCCACACAGUUUACAAUCACCCUUGCAAGACCGAAGCACAGAAUCACCACAAAUAGGCCAAGCCUAUGGCAUUCAUUCCAACCGCGUUCCACACCAACUGGGUAGAUAUUAUGCAUCGCAGGAACCUCCUCCGGCGCACCGACCAUUAACCAGCCAUGGUUCUCUUGCCGCUUUAGGCAGCGAACGGUCCCUUGGUCAUAUGGGUGCUUUGCCCGAUAGACCUUUGAGCACACACUCCGCAUUGGCGUCACACAUCGAACGCCCCUUGUCAAUUCACACGCCCGACAGACCAAUGUCUACCCAUAUUCCUGAGAGGAUGAGCAGUUUAGGACUCGGGGCAGUGUUAGGCGCUGCCGGCAACAUCAUGGGCGCAGUGGCGAGACACGUGGGUGAUGCGCCCGCGUCACAACGGGGCAUUCAAGCAGCGACUCCACCACACGCCAGUCAGGUGCCACCGCAGGCUGAAAGUCUUCUUAUGCUUUUGAAGCAAUAUCCCUUAAUGUGGCAAGGCCUGCUAGCUUUGAAGAACGAUCAAGCUGCCGUGCAGAUGUAUUUCGUUUCUGGUAACGAUCAGGUAGCUAAAAUGAGUCUGCCGAAGAACAUUGAUGGAAGCACUCCUCCGCUCAGGAUAUUUCAGCGAAUGAGACUCGAACCGCCACAGGUCGAGGGGGUUGCACGAAAGAUGCAGAUGGAGAACGAACACUGCAUGUUACUGGCGCUCCCGUGUGGCCACGACCACAUGGAUGUAUUGAAACAAUCUACGAACCUUACCAACGGUUUCAUAACUUAUUUGCAACACAAGCAGGCGGCGGGAAUUGUGAAUGUGGCAGCACCUGGCACCACUCAACCGCCGGCUUAUGUUGUACACAUUUUUCCAUCGUGCGACUUCGUCAAUGAGAACCUGCGACGUAUUGCACCUAGCUUGUUGGAACGCGUCGCUGACAUUGCGCACCUGCUGAUUGUUAUCACGACGGUGUGAAAACUAUCAUCAGCGAGUGGCGACCCGCCGAACCGAAGUACUACUUGAACCCGGACUUAACUAUAAAUAACUAAUUGCACUUUAUGUGUAAACCUUUCGCGCAGUUUUUGCGUUCACGAAAUAUCUACGACUCGAAAUAUGAUUAUGAUUCAAGGCUAGUUUAACUCUACACCAGGAAUGCAAACCCAAUUUACGGCUAUUAGAAUGAAGAACAGGUGGACAAUUUUAAAUACACAUACUUAAACGAUAUGCAAACGGAAAAGAUUAAAAAAAGAUUUAUAUUAUUAAUAUUUAAAAAUUUCACUGUGAUUUCUUGACAAAAGUAGUUAAACGUUAUUUACUAUUACGAAAAUAUUUAAACAAUACAUGAAACUAUAAUAGUACAUUAUUAAACUGAACACAUAAACAAAAAUGCGAAAAAUCCAAAAAAAAAUUUACUACCUAUAAAAGAGAUCUCAUUGCGCGCGCGCUUAGUUUAUAAUAAAAAAAUUCAUAUGUAAAGAGAUGAAGAAUACAUGGGAAAUUUUUGUUUUUUAUUAUUACUAUUUACUAAAUAUGCGUUAUUUUUUUUUCGAAAAAUGUCUGAACUUUGUUUUGAAUUCUUGAGUUCAAUUAUAUUAUUUAUAAGAACGCAAUCAAGUUUAAACGUCGUGCACAAUCGCUAUCAAUCUGUUGAGACCACAAGUCGAUCGAUAAAUUGAUUUUGAUCAUGCUGCACACAAAACUUCCUUAACACUGGGUCAAGAAUUAGAAGACGAUCUCGUCGACCGAUGCCGACAGGCGAGCGCGAGUUAACAUCGCUGCGAUUCGCCAAUGCGUGUUGUAUUAUUAAUGUUAAGUUUGCAGCGAUGCUCAACUCGCCGCGACUCGCGCGUACUCUUCUGUAUUGGAUACCUAGAAGUUUUCAGCGUAGAGAUGCGUAGGUUUGAUUAAUUUGAGUGUGGAGACGCUGCGUGCGUCAACAUUUUCUUUUUGUUUUAAACCUUAGCAGUUUGAACGCAACCGUUACAAUUGUAAGCAUUUCUAUUAUAACAGCAUUAUAGGGUUAUAGGACAUUCACACACUACAGUCCCAGUAAAUAUGAUAAACCGGCAAACUUUUGCAACUUAAGAGUCUACACAGACAUACGAUCACGACGUUCACGAAUAACAUGUUGCAUCCCAACGUUCGCUGUUUGCAUUUCAGUCAGUUUAGUGUAAAAUAUUUUUAGAGAUAUUACAUAUAAUUACAUAGCACUGCGAGUACGCUGAAAACUGAGGACGAACGCACCGCAGCUAUUGUCCGCAUAAAUCAUUCAUACAAAUUCAAUAUAAGGAUGCAAAAUUGUUAAUUAUUUGAUCGCUCUAAUUGCAGUGACAUAGGAUGAUGAAAAGAUUGUCUAUUUGUAUAAAUGUGAAUAUCUGGCGAAUACGACUAAUGAUUUAAUUUCAUUUUGGAUUUUGUCACAGGCCGAUCAAUUGAUCAUAAAUUUACCGAGUUACAUCCAAUUAUUUUUCAGCAGACGAUUGAAUCGAGAGAAUUCAUUCACUAAAGAUCACACAAAGAAGACAUCUUCAGAUGAGAUGGGACAUUUCAUGAUUUUUUCUCUGUUAUUAGAUUACUUUAAGUAUCCUUUAUUUUUAGUUCUUUAGAAUACGAUAUGUUCUGUACAGUGUAUUUAGCACUAAGAUAUAUAAAUAUAUAAAUAUUAUAUAUAAAGAAUAUAAAUAUAUAUAAUAAGUUAGAGAAACGUUAUUAAGAUGAUAAUAAUGAAGAAGAUGAAAAAAUAAUGUUGGAUUAUUAUGAACUACUAUUAAGCAGAAAUAACUGAAAGAUUGAACGGUUAGGAAGUUGUCAAACCGACAGAAUUUGUGAAUAUAAUUGACAGGAUAAUAAUAAAGCAACACAAAGGAUGAUGAUAAGAGAAGAUGUAUAACAAAUAAGGGGAUAACAAAAGUAUAAAUAUAGGAAAAAUUGUGAUGUCUAUAUAUUACUGUAAAUUUUGUACAUACAUAAAAUACUGUGUAUUGUGAAUUAUUAUAAUAUAAUAACUAUUACAACAAAA